AUGUCCAUGCCUACACCAAUCCCUGUUACCCUCAACAACCCUCCUAACCCCCAAACCCGCGAAGAUAUCAUCGAUGCCCUGGAUCGUGCCAUCCUCGGCCUCGAUACAGCCGACAGCCGACUCUUUGACUCUGCCUUGUUCCCUGAUUCAACCUUCGACCUUCAUGGUACCGUCAUGAGUGGUCUGCCCAAUAUCCGCAAAGACUGCUACGACAAUAUCUCAAAGAUGGAUACCACCCACAUCCUCAGCAAUAUUCGUGUUAGCAUGGUCGAGGGAGAUGAGAACAAGGCCAAGCUUACGGCGUCAGCGCUCGCGCAGCAUUAUCGCCCCGGGGAGGGAAAAGUGAAUGAUACGUCGAGAUUGUUGGGUGGAGGUUUGUACUACUGUGAUGUUGAGAAAGAUGUAGCCGGUGAUGGCUUAUGGAAACUUAGGAACUGGGUGGUGAAGCUUACUUGGACGGAAGGGGAUUGGGGGGUAUUCAAGGGGUAA